UCCUCUCUUUCUGCAGGUGUGGUAGAGGGGGACCUGGCUGCAGUAGAGGCCUAUAAAUCAUCAGGUGGGGACAUCGCCAGGCAGCUGACGUCCGACGAGGUGCGUCUUCUCAACCGGCCCUCUGCCUUUGACGAUGGCUUCACCCUGGUCCACCUGGCCAUCCGCUUCCAGAGGCAGGACAUGCUGGCCGUGCUCCUCACUGAGGUCAGGACGACAUACAGGCCCUGCCAAUGUGUUAGCUGUAAUGGUACAGGUCAAAGACCGUUGUCUUUAUUCUGCUGUACCAGUUAGUGUAGAUUAAAUGUAUUGGUUAAUAGUCACUCCAUCUCCAGGUUGAGUUAGGUUCUGCUUAUCAAUGUUUUGAAGAUACCGCUGAUGAGCUUUGUUAACCUCUAUCUACCGGGAGACGACAUAGUGGAUGGGAUGUGGUGUAUGUGUGGCAGAUCGAUGGGUGCGUAAACAUGAUCCCAGUUUAUCCCGCUGCUGACAGGAGGCUCUUAUCCCAGGGUCAGUGAGUGUGUGUGUGAGCCCUGGAAGGACCGGCAGGAUUAUGUCCCCUAAGGAAGGACGGGACAGGGCAGGGUCUACCUGGGGCCUGUUCAGGAGGGUGCAGUGUUACUGAACGUUCAAAUGGAUAUGGAUUGUGUUAAACAUAUGAUUGAACAGGGAAUCGAGUCAGGGAUUCUACUCAUUACAUUUCUCUCUGCAACACUCUGAAUGUUUCACCUGGGUUUUAUUUGCAGUAGGAGACAUUUGAUCAUUUCUGUGUCACAUUCUCUGUCUCGGUCUAGGUGUCCCAGCAGGCAGCUAAGUGUAUCCCAGCCAUGGUGUGCCCUGAGCUGACGGAGCAGAUACGCCGUGAGGUGGCUGCCUCCCUGCAGCAGCGCAAGGGAGACUUCACCUGCUACUUCCUCACUGACCUGGUCACCUUUACGCUGCCAGCAGGUCAGCCUCCCUCUGACCUACUAUAUACUUCUGCAGUAGUUUUAUUUCGCCUAGUUACUGUGUAUAGUUAUGUGGCGUCAACUGUUUUGCUGCUCUUCUACACUAAAGCUUCAUGUCUUAGGCCUAUAUGAUGGUAGAAUACAUGUUUUGUGUUAGGGAAUUGCAUAAUGGUAUGGUUGUUUCCAACUACUCUUGAGAAAAAUAUUUUCCCUGGCACCAUCUUAGGGUAUUGUUGUGUGGCGAUUUGGUUGCGUAUUUCCACCCUUUGACUUGGCUGUGCGAGUAAAACAUUGAAUUGCUUGCAUCUGUGCGAGCUGCAAAUUCUAGCUGGUCAUUUCUGUCAACAUUUUCUGUUUUUGAGGAGGCUACAAUCAUGAUUUGGUAAAACACAAGGCUCCAAACUGCAACUAUUUAGUCACAUUUUGCAAUCCUUUGACUUGACUGUGCAAGUAAACUUAAUUGGACGCAUCGGUGCGAGCUGCACAUUCAACAUGAUCACUUCACUCCAAACUUACUCUUUUUUUUUUUAUGAGGCUAAAACCAUGAUUUGGUCAAAAAGCAUUAUCCUCAUGAUUCCUGUAAUGCAAGUGUCUGCCCUGUGCCUGUUUCGCUGGGGCCUGCUGCUGUGAUGAGCGAGCCACUCACGGCCUGUCCCCCUAUUAGUGCUCCGGGACAACAAAAAUACUCUCUGAUCAAAUAACAUUUCAAAAUCCAAUCCACUCCUUUUUUCUAUUGUGUGACGCCGCUGCAAAACUUUGGUGUGACCAAAUCAUAUGCUGGUGCCACCAAUUUAAAAACCAGGGGGAAAAGUUAGUCUGGAGCCCAUAGGUACAACGUUUUUGGUAGGGUACGCAAGGUUGAGUCUACAGCUAUUUUAGUUGAAUUCCUACUUGAGAAAUAGGCUACGUUGUGGUUAAAGACGAGAACUGCAGGGCUGAUAAGCAGUGAUGUCUGGUAUGCAGAGUAUUUGGGAAGCAUGCAGAUGCAUUGGCUUCUGGCCAUUAUAGAAGCCCCUCUGUUCUGUUGCACAAUGUCAAUGCAUUCAUUUAUUGAGCUGAAGAAUAGCCACUACUGUUGUCAAGGGCUCCAAUCACACACAGUAGCCCUGUAGCUUUAUUGUGGAAAGAAAAGGCAACACAAAACAAAACAUGGUUUAACAUUGGAUAGAAAACAGUCAAAUGUGGUGUCUGUAGUUUGCAGAGACGUCAGCUUGUAGAGUUACAAUGCAGCAUUGACUCCUGCAACCUCAGGAUAUUAAACCCUAAUCACUUCAGCCUGGCUUAGUUUUUAAGGCGUGUGCAGGUCAAGAGGUGAAGACGGAUUCACUUUCUUCUCCAAGCCCUACAUUUCAUUUCACUGUUGUCAAAUAAAUACUUGCCCUCUAACUUUCCCUUUUUGGGAAGUUUUUGGAUGAUGAACUGUAUCAUGUCUUUUUUGUGUUGUGUAUCUCAAGCAAUUGAAUGCCACCCUGUGUGUUUUUGUCUGCAGAUAUCGAGGACUUGCCCCCAACAGUUCAGGAGAAACUGUUUGACGAGGUCCUAGACCGAGAUGUACAGAAAGGUGAAAUAUUGACUUACUUCAUGUGAAUUUCAGUAACUUACAGUGGUUUGCGAAAGUAUUAACCCCCCUUGGUAUUUUUCCUGUUUUGUUGGCUUACAACCUGGAAUUAAAAUGGAUAUUUUGGGGGGGUUUGUAUCAUUUGAUUUACACAACAUGCCUACCACUUUGAAGAUGCAAAAUAUUGUUUUAUUGUGAAACAAACAAGAAAUAAGACAAAAAAACAGAACUUGAGCAUGCAUAACUAUUCACCCCCCCAAAGUCAAUACUUUGUAGAGCCACCUUUUGCAGCAAUUACAGCUGCAAGUCUCUUGGUGUAUGUCUCUAUAAUCUUGGCACAUCUAGCCACUGGGAUUUUUGCCCAUUCUUCAAGGCAAAACUGCUCCAGCUCCUUCAAGUUGGAUGGGUUCCGCUGGUGUACAGCAAUCUUUAAGUCAUACCACAGAUUCUCAAUUGGAUUGAGGUCUGGGCUUUGACUAGGCCAUUCCAAGACAUUUAAAUGUUUCCCCUUAAACCACUCAAGUGUUGCUUUAGUAGUAUGCUUAGGGCCAUUGUCUUGCUGGAAGGUGAACCUCUGUUUCCCUCAAGAAUUUCAUGUGUGUAUAUAUGCUGAGAUCAUGUGACACUUAGAUUGUACACAGGUGGACUUUAUUUAACUAAUUAUGUGACUUCUGAAGGUAAUUGGUUGCACCAGAUCUUAUUUAGGGGCUUCAUAGCAAAGGGGUUGAAUACAUAUGCACGCACCACUUUUCCGUUAUUUAUUUUUUAGAAUUGUUUGAAACAAGUUAUUUUUUUCAUUUCACUUCACCAAUUUUGACUUUUGUUUAUGUCCAUUACAUGAAAUCCAAAUAAAAAUCAAUUUAAAUUACAGGUUGUAAUGCAACAAAAUAGGAAAAACGCCAAGGGGGAUGAAUACUUUUGCAAGGCACUGUACAAUACCACUAUUUUACUGAAUUUUGUGUGUGUGUGUGUGAGCGAGAGACCAUUGUCAUAGUCAACAGUGGGUGGCAUCUGUAUAGCUUCCUAUCCCCUCUCUACUACAUGAGAAGGCUGCUGUAUAGUGUUGUAUUACAGGUCUAUUCCCUGCCUGCCAUUUUGCCUGCCAUUAUCGUGUGUGCUUGCAUCCAUGCUAAUCAUGCUAAUUGAGUUUUAGGAUUUCACUGAUCCCUAAAGGGCUCUCCACAGUGAUUUCACAGUCUACGCAAACGGAGCUACGGCAUUUGCGUCGCGUAAAAAAAAUUCUGACGCACAAAAGUACUUAGAACUACGUAGAGAGCAAUGCAAACAAACCUCAGUCGGAUCCGUUGCGUAGACUGUGUAGAGGCCUUUAGUGAAUGACUACUUCCUCCAGUACCUUUAGUAAAUGACUGUACUUCCUCCACACGCCGUCAAUGGUACUUUUCCACACUGAUUGCUCACACUCUCUAGGGUGUCUUGUGACCUGUUUAGCACACCAAGGGUAACAAGCCAGUGUAUGGAAGACCAGGUGACCAAAGUCACCCUAGUCACCUCCAAACGCUCCUGUCUUUCGCUCUGCUAUGAUGAAGCUGCAAGUGCAGGUGUAUCACUUUUCAUCACACUCGAUCCCCUCUUUGAAAUAUGAUCAUGCUGGGGUCCUUUCCAGUGCCAUCACCGGUCAUGUAGAAUCAAGGUGGCACCUUCAGCCAUCCGCACCUUGUCGUUGUACAUAGUGCAAGCCCAGCAUCACAAUGGUGUCCUUGCUAUCACUGUUAGUGAUGGGAAGUUCAGCUCUUUUUACUGACUUGGAUCUUUUCAACUCAUUCAGUAAAAAUAAUUAAUAUUUAGACUCAUUUCAAAUGAUGAACUGAAAACUCGAAAGAGUCAUGAUUCUACAAGCCUGUUGUCGUUCACCAUAACGGGCUUAUGGAGCUGUCAUUUGUGACUGAGACUUUUAAAAUGUGCUUUAAACAAUGUGUACAUUUGUUGAUUGCUAUGUAUACAUUUGAAACAAAGUUGUGGCCGCAAACGGACAAGAUUGUGAACGACUCUUGGUGGAAUGCAUUGCUUGAACGAACUGCAGCACCCCAAACGAUUCGUUCUCAGGUUUUUUUAUAGCAAAGACAGUGUAUGUUUUGGUUCUAUCAUAAAAUUCAAGAAUCAAUCAAUUCCAUUUAUUCUUGAACCAUGCAAUCAAUUAUGAGUUCUAAACAUGUCUUUUUCUUCUCUAUGCUGUUAUUGCUGCCUGCAGCAUGAUCUAUUUUAGAGUUGUUGGUCGGCGCACGUCUUCGGAGCCACUGAGCUGGAGAAGCGCGUCUUAAUCCUUCUGUUGUAAUCGUGGCCAGGAGGUCAAACGAACAACAAAAUGAACGAAAAACGAAUCAUGACUCUCGAGUCAGUAAAGAGUCGUUACAAAAGAAUGAAUAGUUUGCGAACUGCACAUCACUAAUCACUGUACAUCCCUACACAUUACAAGACUUGAUUAAUUGAACAGGGAUGUUAGUUCUGGGCUGGAACAAAAGCCUGCACACCAUGUAAAACCAAAGAGUGCCCUUUGAAAGCCUCACUUUCCCUCUCUCUCUCAGAGCUGGAGGAGGAGUCUCCCAUCAUCAACUGGUCUAUAGAGCUAGGAACGCGGUUGGACAGCAGGCUGUAUGCCCUGUGGAACCGCACGGCCGGGGACUGCCUGUUAGACUCAGUACUGCAGGCCACCUGGGGCAUCUAUGACAAGGACUCUGUCCUCCGCAAGACCCUUCACGACACCCUGCACAACUGCUCCCACUGGUGAGGCCUGGGUCUGGGGUGUGACUUUGUCUGGGCAUGGGGAUAGGAUGAGAAGGCUAUGUUUGUUUAUGCAAACCAAUUAUUUAAUUGUGGAAAAAGGACAACCGUUCUCAUUGCAAAAGGGUUUAAAGCAUUUGAGUAACCAUACUUAAAUCCAAACUGGUUCUCUAGCAAAUUAGUAAGAAUGUCUCACCCUAUGUUCAAGAAUGGCCUUUUUCCCCUUUAUUCAGAUUACAACCUCUCACUUUCAGUUAUCUGAAAAGGAAAUAAUCUCCCAAAUAUCACCAUUUCUAAAACAAGCCAAAGAAAGUUGGUUGCAAUUACAAUUUCAUCCACCAGAAACUACAGAACAAAUAAUACAACAAAUAUUGUGAUUAAACUCAAAUAUACUAAUUGAUAAAAAACAAUGAUAUUAGGAUUAUUUAAAAAAAAAAGUAUAAUCUUCGUAAAUUAUAUCAUAGGUAGGACUGGUGGAGUUAUGUCGCACAUGCAGCUAACAAAAACAUAUGGAAAUAUCUGCUCUACCCAAAAUUACAACCAACAAAUUGCAGCAUUACUGCAAGAAUGGAAGAGGAAUGUGGUAGGGGGAAAAAGUAAGGAACUUGUGUGUCGGCCCUGCAUUAAAGACCAUAAUUGGUUAAAGAAAAUUGUGAUAAAUAAAUAAAUAUACCAGUUUCAUUCAAGGUCCAAAGAUUGACAGCCAUGCCAUAUAGAUUACAAAAUUGUUGGGAAGAGAUUUUUGACGUACUGAUUCCAUGGCACAUGGUUUAUGAACUGAUAAGCAAAACGACGCCGGAUUCAAAAUGUAUAAAUUUCUAUUUAAAUUAUUAUACAACAUUCUUGCAACCAAAAGAAUGUAAUUUAUAUGGGGAAUACAACCUUCCCAGCUCUGCAGAUUUUGCUGCGAAGAGAUUGAAUCAUUAGAUUGUUGGAAAAGCAUUCCAGGUGAAGCUGGUUGAGAGGAUGCCAAGAGUGUGCAAAGCUGUCAUCAAGGCAAAGGGUGGCUAUUUGAAGAAUCUCAAAUAUAAAAUACAUUUUGAUUUGUUUAACACUUUUUUUGGUUACUAAAUGAUUCCAUAUGUGUUUGUUCAUAGUUUUGAUGUCUUCACUAUUAUUCUACAAUGUAGAAAAUAGUAAAAAUAAAUAAAAAUGAGUAGGUGUGUCCAAACUUUUGACUGCAUCACUUUGAUGCAGACAAUUACAGUGAUGGAAGCUACAAUCUAGCUGCAAUAUUAAAGCUGUUCUACCCCCCCCCCCCCCCCCCCCCCCCCCCCACACACACACACACACACACACACACACACACACACACACACACACAAAACAAAACAGAGGGUCACUGACGUGUGUUCUGUCUGUCUAGGUUCUACACGCGCUGGAAGGAGUGGGAGUCAUGGUAUUCCCAAAGCUUCGGCUUGCAUUUCUCACUCAGGGAGGAACAGUGGCAGGAAGACUGGGCUUUCAUCCUCUCACUGGCCAGCCAGGUACACAAACACACACUCACUAAUUUCCUUAUGCAUACAUACAUACAUAAAGCUUUAAGCUUUUUAGGUGGAAGGACUUGACUUGGAAUCAGCAGUGUACAAAUGUAGAAUCUUAAUUUGAUCACUGUUUUGUUGAGAAUUAUAUAUAAAAAAGAUUGCACCGCAGAAAAUGCAGAUGAGCUUUGUGAUUUACAUAAAUUCUGAAAACCCACUCUAACACAAGGUUAUAAUAACAGUAUUGCACUUUUCAUGGAACCUACUUUUGGGCUGCUAAAAGCCUAACCACUGAUCAAGCAACAUUAUAGACUAAACGUUCAAAUCCUGUUGCUGCAGGAUUAUUUGGCUGUGACAAUGUAGGUGAAAUUAAGAUCCUACAUCUGUACUGUAAUAUGCUAAAAUAUGAAAAGCAUUUACUGCCCAUGAAUUAUGCAAUGCCAUACUGCUCUGACCAUAUAGAAAACCCCAGUGUAUGAGAGCCCCCACUGUCAUUUUUAUUUGACAGUUGUGUAACCUCAACUGUUCCUCUACUAUAUUAAUCAUUUAAGAUGUAGAACCAACAGAGGCAUUGACUUAAGGUUUUCUUUUUAACAAUCAAAUUAUUCUUGAUCACAUAUUUAUGGUAUAAAGGCAUGGUUUUAAGACUCCGGCUUACAGUAUUGCUGGAUGUACGUCCAAUCAGGUUAGCCUAACAGCUAAUAGUAAGUAAUAGCACAAAUCCUAAUAGUAUAUUUUGCAGCUAUGCACCACAAAGGUAGUUUGACGUGCCUCUCUCUUUGUGUUGUUUCUCUCUCUACAGCCUGGAGCCAGCCUGGAGCAGACUCAUAUUUUUGUUCUUGCACACAUUCUUCGUAGACCAAUCAUCGUCUAUGGAGUGAAGUAUUACAAAAGUUUCCGUGGUGAAACACUUGGGUACACCCGUUUUCAAGGUGAGAUGAUGUCUGUUUUCUUUGGCCUCAGUCUUCAAUUGGGCUGAUUUUUAAAGGCUUUUUUCUCUCCCGUUGAUGUAGUAAGCUUUGUAGUAAUCCUGUCAAGCAAAAUGCUCUCAAAAUGCACAGUGUUGCAGAUUUAUCUCUUCUUGUCCAAUUAGAUUGACGGCCCAGUCUGUGUCCAUGGGUUGGACAAUAUCUGCUGGGUCAGACAAAGCCCUUCUGAUUUGAAUUAGCCCUAGCACAUGAAUCGUGGCACAAGGAUGAUGCUAAUUUUCGAUUGGGUUUGCUGAUUUGAGAGUUUUGCUCAAAGGUCAGUAUUCAAUCAAUAAUGGAUUUCCGGAUAGCACUUUCAGAGGUGUUUUGAUUUACACAGCAGUGUGUCACAGGUGGAGGGAGUUGACACUUGAUUUAGAAAUUGUCAGUCUCGUGGCAUGACCCUUAGCAUUGCAGAUAGAACUGUAUUAUAAGACACGAUUCCCUAAUGUACAUUACAGAAGAAUGUGUUUUCCAUAAUAUAACCUAUUCCUUUCUUACUCUUCUGCACGUUGCACCCCAGUGAACACAAGCUGUAGUCCGUAUUAGGGGUGUGAGCGUUAAAACAUUGUAAUGUUUCAACAAAAUGCAGAUCCUUAAUGUUAAGAAUCCCUAACCGAAAAACAGCUAGGAGCAUUGAAGCACGAGGCUCAACUUCCCCACUGUUUUGGUGCCCUGGCUACCACGCUGUGAGCAGUGUGAAGCAAACCUGUGCAGAUACUGUGUGUGACAGAGUAGUGUUGCAUCUCGCUCAUCUCAUGAGACCCAAACUGUUGCUGGCAGCUGCAUUAUCAAUUCACAUGGAAUUUUAUAAACAUUUCUUAUAGUUUUAAUGAAAAACUGAGUUUAAACAUUAAGAAUGUUUUUCCAUUUGUCACAUCCCUAGUUUGUAGCUGUCCACUACUGAGCCUAGGUGCAGAGUCCCAGUGUGAAAUGCCACAAGCGUGUCUGCAUACAUCCCAUUGCUCACAUAAUCUGUCUUCUCAUUCUUACAGGAACUGUAGCCGCAUCAAGAAUCAGUCCAAGUAGAUGAUCUGUUUAGUAAAGGGAGGGUGGUUACAAUUGUUCGUUGGGAUUGUUCCAAUGCUGAUACAGCAUGCAUGUGACUCUCUCUCUAAAACCAGUCGAAGAACAAUUCUGACAAAAUAAUCCCACCCCCUAACUAUGAAGCAAUGCAGGAGCAUGGUUCACUGUACAUACUGUUAAAAGUCUGUCUCUCAGCAUAUGUUAGCCAUCAUGAGAAGAGAGAGUGGUAGUGUAAAGCGGGCGUCCAAUAAGGGCUGAGGGCGGGGUCCACCUCCGUGGGCCCUAGUAAACAGUCUGGCUUUAAUUAGCCUGGAGAGCCCGUGCAGCCAUAAUAAAAGCUCUCUAACGAUGGGCUGCAUGUGGUAAUGGAGGAAUGAUAUAGGCUACUGUUUGUGUUGCCAAGGGAAGGAGAGGCUUAUGGGUGUCCAUGGAGGGAGGGAAGGAGAAAGCUCAGUUUUAAAUUGGUUGCCAGGUGAACCCAGUAAACACACAAUGGCAGACGGUUGAACAGUGAGGGAUAGUAACUGUUCUAGAUGCUCAAAAACAGUGGUUUGUGGUUUAAGUUAUGGUCACAAGGUGAAGUGUCCCAUUCACUUGUAGAUGCUGUCUAGUGGGUUAUGAGGCUGAUGGAAUAGUCUCAGGGAAAUUGUCCAUUGUGUUUGGGAAACUGUUGGUAAGCAAUAUGUCAGCCUGUUUUGACAUUUUGGUUUGUCAUCUCUCUCUAUUUCUCUUUCUUUCCUUCCCCAUGUCCCUUUUACCUCCUCCCUUGAUUUCCCCCUCCUCUCUUCCUCCUUCACUCUUCAUCUCACCCCCUUCCCUCCCUGUCCUCUCUCCAGGUGUGUACUUGCCCCUGCUGUGGGAGCAGAGUUUCUGUUGGAAGAGUCCCAUCGCUCUGGGCUACACCCGCGGCCACUUCUCUGCACUGGUGGCCAUGGAGAAUGACGGCUUCGACAAUCGGGGUGCAGGCGCCAACCUCAACACAGACGAUGACGUCACAGUCACCUUCCUACCGCUGGUAGACAGUGAGAGAAAGUUGCUCCACAUCCACUUUCUCUCAGCACAAGAGGUAGGAGGGAGCUCCCGCUGUGGUAUCAUGAAUAUUUAUAUGGACCCCGACUGGCUGCUUUUCAAGGAUUCUGUCAUUCAUGCUAAUUCAAGCUAAGUUCGCUAUUCAUGCUGAUUACACCAUCUGCUAAGUGACUAUAGUGUAAAACGUAUGUAAGUAUUUUGCUAUUCUCGUGAAGUGACUGGAAUGUGAAAAGUAAGGGAGAUUGGCUGCACUAAUUGCGAUUUUCUCAGUAUGAGAGCAUUCUCUAAAGUAUGAGAUGUAGUCUCAUGGUUGAUGGUUUUCUUGUCUGUGUGUGUCAGAUGGGGAAUGAGGAGCAGCAGGAGAAGCUGCUCAGGGAGUGGUUGGACUGCUGUGUGACAGAGGGUGGAGUGCUGGUGGCCAUGCAGAAGAGCUCCCGCCGGCGGAACCACCCCCUGGUCACACAGAUGGUGGAGAAGUGGCUGGACGGCUACCGACAGAUCCGCCCCUGUGCCUCGCUCUCAGACGGUGAGGAAGAUGAUGAGUAACAAAACGGGAGUAGGCGGGGUCCCUAGGGGCAUGGACAAACUGUGAAAGGGGAGGGAAUCAUGAGCCUCACUCUACCCUGGCAGAGGACACACACUUAGAGCUAUCUGGACAAACCUGAGACUGACAGAAAAAAUAACUAGGGAUGAUCAGAACUAAAGGAUUGUAGUUUUCAAAUGCUAUUGAUCUUUAUUGAUUUUCAUGUAAAAUCUUUAGGCAAAAGUGUAAAUGCAUGUGGUUGUUUAAAAAAUAAGUAUAAGGAAAUAUACCAGCAUCGAUUCAAAUCAACACAUCUUUAUAUCGGUUUAUUAUGGGCACUGCCGAAAACACACCCAAAAUUACUGUCCUUUUAGUAGUUUUUCCAGUUGAAAUGGUUGUCUUGUUUUUUGAUGGGCAGGGUCUAGGCCAACAUAUCUUUGGGUCAGGGCACCCAACAGAGAACUGCUGCAAUUGUGUACUAUGAACUUAAUUCUUAAAGGGAUACUUUAGGACGAAGCCCUUUUGUCAACGAAGCCCUUUAUCUACUUCUCCAGAGUCAGAUGAACCAUUUACAUUACAUUUUAGUCAUUUAGCAGACGCUCUUAUCCAGAGCGACUUAGUUAGUGAGUGCAUACAUUUUUUGAACCCACGGGGAUACCAUUUGUCUCUGCAUCCAGUAUGAAGGAAGUUAGAGGUAGUUUCGCGAGCCAAUCCUAAUUAGCGUUAGCGCAGUGAAUAGAAGUCUAUGGUAUCUGCUAGCAGUUACCAACUUCUUUCAAACUGCACGCAGAGACAAAUGGUAUCCACGGGUUCAUCUGGGGAAGUAGAUAAAGGGUUUCAUUGACAAAAUCCCCUUAGUAUCCCUUUAAUACUAAGCACUGCACAUUUAUGACUAACUGCUUGAAUAAAGGUAAUUUAUGAAGCUUUGAAAAGGAAAUUCCCUUCACCUCAAAGCUAGUGUCACUAAGGUUUAGGAGAUCCAACACAUUGAUGAUUAGUUUACCCAGAAUGGCCAAAAUGAAGUCUUUAUUUUCUUGAUCUCCAAACUAAUUCUACAUAUUUAUUUGUUUGGGAGCUUUUGAGCUGAGAUCUUUGAUUCUCUGGAUUUCUUUUUGUGGUUUUGUCAUUUCUUUCAAUCCUGAUGAAGACGUUUGUUGCACAAACAUUUUUGCUUUGAGGAAAAUAACCAUUAUGAAAGUUUACUUCAGUUCUCAUGUAAUUUAGUACCUCAUUUGGAUGUUUGGUGCUUUUUUUGGAGGAGAGAGUAAGACGCAUUCAAUGUCGACAUUAAAACAGAAUCACACUAGUUUCGUCAUGUUUCUUUUUCUGUCCUGCUAUUCUUCCCUGUCAAGUUUAACCCAUGGUACCUGUGUGUUUCUCCUCUAAUGUAUGCUUCUUGUCUAUAUGUGAACCCAUCUUGAAUUAAGUUUAAGGUAUUUGUGAGACUGCACAUAAACCAAAGAAUCAUGAGUGGUCAUACUUUUGCAGUGAAAUACCUUUUUGUUGGGUUUCCUUGUCAUUGAGUUGAGUACUGUAACUUAUUUUGGUGUAUUACAAUCUAGUUAUACACACGUUGAGCAUCAUGUGUAUGUUGCUUUGUAGUUAUGCAAUAGUUGUGGAUUUAGGUAAAAGCCUGACCUCGCUAUAGUGCGUGUGGCACAGACAGGGAAAAAAAGAACAUUUUUAAUGUCCAAUUUAUGAAGUCUAUAAAACUUCA